GGCCCCCGGCAACCCGGUAUCCCGGCAACCCGGCAUCCCAACAUCCCGGCAUCCCGGCUCCCCGGCCUCCCGGACCCCCGGACCCCGGCGCCCCGACCACCAUGUCGGUCCGGACGUUGCCGCUGCUCUUCCUCAACCUGGGCGGGGAGAUGCUGUACAUCCUGGACCAGCGGCUGCGGGCCCAGAACAUCCCCGCCGACAAAGCCCGCAAAGUGAUGAAUGAUAUCAUCACAACUAUGUUCAAUAAAAAAUUUAUGGAGGAACUCUUCAAGCCCCAAGAGCUGUACUCCAAGAAAGCGCUGAGAACCAUCUAUGACCGCCUGGCUCACGCUUCCAUUAUGAGGCUAAACCAGGCCAGCAUGGAUAAGCUGUAUGACCUGAUGACCAUGGCUUUCAAAUACCAAGUCUUGCUGUGUCCCCGGCCCAAGGACAUAUUGCUGGUCACCUUCAAUCACUUGGACGCCGUCAAGGGAUUCAUCCGGGAUUCCCCCACCGUCCUGAACCAAGUGGACGAGACCUUCCGGCAACUGAUCGACAUGUACGGUAGUCUCUCUGCUGGAGAAUUUCAGCUGAUCCGUCAGACGCUGCUCAUCUUCUUUCAGGACCUGCAUAUUCGGGUAUCAAUCUUUCUAAAGGAUAAAGUACAAAAUUCCAACGGCCGUUUUGUGCUGCCAAUAACCGGCCCUGUUCCGUGGGGAACCAAAGUCCCCGGACUCAUCAGAACGUUUAAUAGCAAAGGAGAAGAAAUCAAGAGGGUCGAAUUCACUCAUGGUGGAAAUUAUGUCAGCGCCCAGAGAGAAGGCUCUUUUGAUCUUUAUGGAGAUCGGGUCCUCAAACUAGGGACGAACAUGUACAGUGCGAGUCGACCAGUGGAAACGCACAUGUCUGGAACAUCAAAGAGUUUAGCAUCACACGCCAAGGAGAACGCUGCCCCAAACCCUCUGGCCAAGGAAGAACUGAAUUUGUUAGCCAGGCUGAUGGGAGGAUUGGAGAUGAAGCAGUCCAGCGGGCCGGAGGCUGGAUUCCGAAUAAAUCUGUUUACCACCGACGAGGAAGAAGAGCAAGCGGCAUUGACCAGACCCGAAGAAUUAUCGUACAAAGUUAUCAACAUCCAAGCAACGCAGGACCAGCUAAGAAACGAAGAGUUGGCUCGAAUCAUGGGAGAGUUUGAGAUGACGGAUCGACCGAGCGAGAGCACGAGCAAAGGGGAUGAUUUACUGGCUAUGAUGGAUGAACUGUGAUGGGGUCCCCCCCGGCCCCCGCGCUCCGUCCACAGGAUGUCAACCGUGGCUCGACCCUGAUCAAAACGUGGCCGCCUAGUUUUCUAUCGA